UUUCGCGUCCAGGUGGAAGCUAAACUCUCUUUUUGUCCCGUUUUGGUGAAAAUGUGCGUUAUUUUCGCUCUCCAAUAUUGACAUUUGUAGUUUGAUGGACGCGUUUCCGGCCGAGCUCAUCGACGUGUAAAUGGGGGUGGCCGCUGCCUUCCGAGGGGGAUGUCCUUCGCUUUUUGUCGCUUUUUCUCUCCUUAUCGCACCCUCUUUCAUAUUUACCAUCGAAAUAGUUAGUUUUUUGUUUUAAUGAGGGAUAUUUAAAGGGUUUUUAGGGGUUUUAGUCGACGCCGUAGCCCCAGUCUCCCCCCGGAUUUCCCUCGAACUGUUGUGUCCUGUCGUCCAGCUGAUCGCGUUGAGAAGCGCCGUUCAAUUCUCCCGUUUUUUUCCACUUUUUAGGCGUUUUUGUUCGGUUUUUCGCGCUUUCCCACUCGAUCCCGCCGCUUCUCCGUCUCCCGUCACGCAUCCCACCCCCCCGGUCGUGUCUGCGUGUCCGCGCGGGUCUCCUGGCUCGAAUGCGGGAUCGUUUUCGUCGCUGAAAAGAGCCCAGGCCGCAGCCGAAGCCUCGCGUUUUCCUGACGGGCUCCUCCGGGUCUGACGCACCUGCCGCGGCCAUGGGCGACACCAGCGAGCGCAGCAAAGCCUCCACGCUGCCUCCCCGCUGUCCGUGCGGCUUCUGGGGAUCCAGUAAAACCAUGAACCUCUGCUCCAAGUGCUUCGCUGGUCUUGGUCUUGCAGACAUCCAGAAGAAGCAGCCGGGGGAGGAGUGCAGUUCGAAGCCCCUGCAGAGCUCUGGAGGAGGAGCUGUGUUCAGCGCAGACCCCAGCCCCUCCUCCCCCUCCUCCCCCUCUUCCUCCUCUCCCUCCUCCUCCUCCCCCUCUUCCUCCUCCUCCAUCAGCUCCACGUCGCCCUCCUCACAGCCCGGCUCCGCCUCCGAGGCGUCGGCCGCUCCGGAGUCUCCGCUCGGCUCCAGGGAAGGAGCUUCAUCCACAGACACAGCCCAGGGCACCCUCUGUACCCCCACCAAACGCCCACGAGAGUCGGCCUCGGACACAGACGGGGAGGUGACUCCACAGAAACGUUCUCGGACGGAGGAGAAGGACGACGGGGUUGAAGGUUCUACUCCCAAACAGAAGAACCGCAGACGCUGUUUCCGCUGCCAAACCAAACUGGAGCUGGUGCAGCAGGAGCUGGGCUCCUGUCGCUGUGGUUACGUGUUCUGCAUGCUGCAUCGUCUCCCGGAGCAACACGACUGCCUCUUCGAUCACUUGGGGCGCGGGCGCGAGGAGGCCGUCCUGAAGAUGGUCAAACUGGACCGUAAAGUGGGUCGGUCCUGCCAGCGCAUCGGAGAAGAAUGUUCCUGAUCCCCCCGGAGGAACCGGCAGGAACCGCCCGAGGAGGAGGAGGAGCUCCCAAUAAAACAAACUGAAAGCAUUCUAACGCAUCUGACUUCUCUGCUCCCGUUUUCGCGUUUGGAACUCGUCGUUUUAAGGUUCACACUUUCAAAAGAGACAAAAGAGACGAAGGCGUUCGAUUGGAGAGUUUUUGGAAGAAGCAUGAAAACAACAAACAUGGAGGACACAUCCCACCACCUUCGCUCCGUUUUCUACAGUUUCAGAGCUUUUCAUUUAGAUUUCCAGUAAGUUCAGAGCGAGAGGCUUCGUGGGACGACACGAGGCGACGGAGGAACUUAAGAAACUACAAAUAUGGCGGUUUGAGUUUUGAAUUAGUUUUUGUUGAUGUCACUGUUGUGAAGGAGAAUGGGACAAAUGUGUGUGAAAAUAUUUGGGAAUUCUGUUGAGGCAUGUGACGAAAACCAAGAAAAUUUCUCUUUUUUUUUUUCAACAUUUAGAAUUAUUGUGGAACUUAAACUACAAAAAUGGCGGCCAUAUUCUAGCUUUCUUACACGUUUUCAUUCGUCACGUCACGAGUAAAAUCAAAGUGGGCCGAGCGACCCAAAAAACUACAAACAUGGCCGACAUUGGACAUGAAGUAAUCUGUGUGGAUGAAUAAAGGGCCCACCCAAAAAACUACAACAAUAAUGGCGGACACGUUUUUCCACCUUUUUCCAAGAAUUAUUCACUCACUUUCACUGGUGGAGGAAAUAUUUGGGGAUUUUGAUUUGCUUUGACCCUCACUGGUAGGAAAUGUAGUUUUUUGGAUGCAAAUUCAUAUUUAAUUUCAGAUGAUUUCAGAUGAUUUCAGAUGAUUUCAGAUCCCGUGUCUCGCUCCAGUCCUCAGGUUCAAACAUUUUACCCGCUCGUUCGAGUUUGUUUGUUUCUCUUCCUCCAAGUUUAGAUUCAGAAUUUUCUUUCACCACAAACUUGUAGAAACAAAACAAAAAAAAAAAAGGUUUUGUAGUAAAUUACCGACGUAUUUUCCCUGUUUUAGUUCCACUUUUCCCGACGGUACUUCUUCAUAUUUUGUGUAUCAAAGUCUCACCAAAAAGACGGUCCCCAGCCUCACGAUUCAGCCUCUCUCCUCUAAACAAACUUAUAAUUUAUUUUAUGUUAUGAUGUAUGCGGGGUCGGGGGUCGGGGUCGGGGGUCGGGGGUCGGGGGUGAAAUCACGUAUAUUUUAGGGGAAUAAAAAUUUAGUUGCGACGUGAAUAAAACGGGCGUCAACUUCACCAAACUGGAAUUAAAAGUGUUUGAAUGUAGAACACAAAGAUUUAAAAUCUGAAUCUGUCAGAAAAUAAAAAUCUGAAAGUGUGAAUUUGUAUAAAAAAUAAAUAAAAUAAAAGAUAAUAGAAGUAAAAUAUUGGAUGUUCCAGUUUGUGGCGGUUGAGGCCGGUUCUGUUCAGUUCUGUUCUUUUCUUUUCUUUUCUCAAACUGAACUUUUGACUAAACGACAUUUUGUGGAGUUUGAUUUGAAAAACACUGAACUCGUUUGUUUUCUUCAUGAAGCAGAUCCAACGUUUGUGUUUCACACUUCAAAAGUUUCACAAUGAGAAGUUUAAAUUUGAUUCAUUCACCGCUGAUCAUCACCUUUAUUCAAUCAGUCGUCGUGUUUUAAAGGAGCACUGUGUAACUUUUCACUCCCAACGUCGUCCUGUCGCCAUGGAGACGAGCAACGGGCGAAUUUUACAUCUGCAAAACACAAACAAACACAAACACACAACAGGAGGAGGUCAGUUUGUGGAGCGUUUGUGGCUCAUCUGAAGGUCGUAGGUUUGAAUCCUUCUCGACAUAAACGUCAUUGUUUCAGUGUCAGAUCCACAGAGUCACAGGUUGAUGGUGCGAUUCCAGCUCACACCGUUUAAAAGUUUGGGUUUCUCGUUUUUCUCCGACUUUCUGAAAAUCUCACACACUUGUAUUUUCUGUCGUUUUUAAAUUAAAAACAAUCUACAAAAAAACUAAACACAAAAACAUAGAGCAACACCACAAUAAAUACAAAAUGACAAAAAACACACCAACAUAAAUUUGAUAAAACAGAAGUGCAGCAGAAACACCACUACACACACUUAGAUUUUAUUUUGACCAAUUUACAAUUUAAAUUCCAUUUCUCUUCUUUUUUCCCCCAUUUUUUAAUAAACAUUUUUAGCGACUAUAACAAAUAUUUUCACCAUCAUAAUUUCCUUUCAUCAUCUUUUACUUUUUAUUACAAUCUUAUUUUAAAGGAAUUUUCUUUUUUUCUUCAAAAGUUUCUCUUCCUCCAGUUUAGAUGUUUAAUUUUCUUUCACCACAAACUUGUAAAAGAAAAAGUAAAAAGAGACACAACAGAUGAAUUCUCCUGUUGUGUCCUUGGGCAAGACACUUCACCCCCCUCCCUCCAGUGUGAGUGGAUCUUUGUUGUAAAAGUUUUGAGCCUGAAAAGUGAAAAAUUGUUGUGUAAACGGUAAAAAGUCAAAUUUUUAUCCAACACAGCACACACAGAGAGUCUUGCCCAAGGACACAACAGCAGCCUUCACCUGUGGGAUCUGGAUUCAAACCUUCAACCUGCGGCUCUGUGGACGUGACGCUUCAUCAGUGAUGUUCAAGUCGAGAGCGAGAAUCGAACCUCCGACCUUCAUCUGAGACACACAAACACAAACUCACACACAUGUCCCAUCUCAUCCGUCCUGUGCGUCUCCAUGGCGACGGGGCCAAUGCCACACUCUGGAACAUUCAGCGCUCUCACAUCCUCAUGGAGUAAAACGGGUGGCGGACCCUUCGCCUCGAAAAGGGAAGAGGGACAAAUGUCUGACGAAGCCAAAAAAAAAAAAAAAAAACUACAAACAUGGAGGACGAAUCAAACGAGUGUGUGGAUGAACAAACGCACAUCCACAAAAAACUACAAACAUGGCGGCGGUGGCGAUGGACAUGUUUCAAAGCGCUCACAUCCUCAUGGAAUAAAACGGGUAGCAGAACCUUCAGCGGAAAAGUUACACAGUGAACCUUUAAUCUGAAAUCUGCUUCCAGAACUAAUUUGAAGAAGUGGUUUUGUAAUUGUUUAUAACGAUGUUUUUGUUGCGUUGAAAUCCUGGACCUCUUGGAGACGACCCUCCAGUUUAUCCUGUAAUCUUCCUGAUGAUCUUUCCCACGGCGGCGGCGGCGGCGGCGGUACGGGACUUUACCACCAAAGGCCGUUUGGGAUUUUCAAAAUAAAAGCAGAACUGUGGUGCCGCCUCAAACUACGCCGACGCCGACACCGACCUCUGCGUCCACCGGGGGGCGCCGUGGAGUCUCGCCGCGGUGAUGUUGUCGUCGUUGCGAGAUUCGGGGAGUUGCCGUCGGUUUGUCGUCGGUUUUUCGGUGCUGCUGCGACGGACGACGUUUCUGUAACUUUUAAAGACAAAUUAUUUAACCUCAUAAAGUUUGAGUUACUCACUUUAGCCUAGAGCCGCUUCUUUAGUUUCAUGUGUAAAAGAUUCUGUCCUAAUUUCUCCUUAAUUUUAUCGUGUUCCAUUUUCAGCGAGGAAUAAACUGGAUUAGAGGAA